UUAAAGCGCGUCAACUGGGUGCCAUAAAAAAUUGGAAGUCAUCGUUGCAGAAAUUUCUUGGGCGAGACUGAAAAGAGAGAAAAUUCUGGAACAGAUUUAUGAAGAGUGGGAAGAAAGUAGCGUAAAAAUCAUUUCAAUCUUGUUCAGGAAACCGGAUUUGGGACCAGAAGGCUCCACACACAUUCCACUAUUAUUCAGUUGUCUCUGUCAGAGAAAAGAACCUGGUGUAUGUCGAGUAUCUUUUGGGGAUAAGUUUUGCAGGGUGUGAAAACAAAUGAUUUGACAUAGCCGCUGUACCAAAUGUGACUUAAAGUAAUGUUUAUGCUCCAAUGACAGAAAACAAAAAGGUUGGGUAUACUGGGGAAUUGGGGAGAGAAGAAAAGGCUGAGUUUUGACCGUACCUAGAAGGUGUGUUUUUUGUUUGAGGCCCACGGAGGGUCAGGGCACAACGAAAGUAAAUAAUAAUAACUAAUGAUAGGCUCGGGGUGCGAUGGUCUGGACUUUGUGCUGCCGUAGCCCUGUCAUUAUCACUGCCCUCAGAUUUAAAGAAUUCCACUUAUUGUUCUUAGGCCGGUUUUGAGUUGACAGGUGGAAACCAGAAGACCAAUUUGAUCUGCGUCUCCCGAGUCCCCGACUAAAGAAUUUUAAUGAUAUCUAGGAGAUCAGCAGCCUAAGGGAUCACAUCUUUGAUAAUCUUCAGCAGCCUAAGGGAUCACAUUUUUAGCAAUCUUUGAAGUUUUUUUCCUAUGUCAGUCUUCAAUUAUGAAUCUUGAUAAAAAACCAACAGUAUUGUGAAGUUUAGCUUCCUAAAAUUUUUUGUCCAGGCAAUCUACCUUAAGUUGUUUCCAUGCUAAUUGGAGAGUGAGAAGAUAGUAGGUGCCUGGUGUGGAAAGAUUGGAACACAUUAGAUCGGGGUUUGCAGGGGUCAAAGAUGCUGAGGCUUCAGCAAGCAGGCAGCCUGCACAGUAGCUGCCCUAGAAUUGGAAGACAGCAUUCAGUGGGUUUGCAGAGGAGGCAGAAUAUUAGUAAUGGAAAGUAUGGUUGUGGUCCAAGUAGGAGAACUUGCCUGGUUCAGGCAGUGAUCAGUGAUAAAACAAGCAGUAGCAGUGGCGGCGGCGGUGCCACUGUCACCACCAGUGUCACAACAAGUGAGAAGGGCGCCAUGAUGAAUGUCAGGGCAGUGGUUUUAAUCAGAAAGAAACUCAAGGAGGAUAUCAAGAGCACGAUUUUCAGGCGCUGGGAAUCUCUCCUGGAUGGGAUGACUGGUCAAAAUGUUCUUCUCGAGCUUGUCAGCCGUGAUGUUGAUCCAGUGACGAAGAGUUGCAAAAUAAGCAAAGGAUCUGGUCUCAGAGAUUGGCAGGAGCACAUUGCCACUGUUGAGUGUACUGCAAAUUUUACAGUAAAUGCAGAUUUUGGGCAGCCGGGAGCUAUUUUAGUGACUAAUCAGCACCAAAGUGAGAUCUUUUUGGAAUCAAUCGUGCUGGAAGGGUUCGCAGGGGGACCGAUCUACUUUCCCUGUCACUCUUGGGUUCACUCGACCCAGGACAAUCCUGAGAAGCGGAUCUUUUUCUGCAAUGAGACAUACUUGCCAUCAAAGACACCAGAUGGGCUAAAGGAUUUUCGGCAAAAAGAUAUGAUAGAUAAGCGUGGGGAAGAUAAAGGCGAACGCAAGCCAAGGGAUAGAAUUUAUGACUACGCAAAAUAUAAUGAUUUAGGGAACCCUGAUAAGAGCGACGAUCUUGCAAGACCAACUCUUGGGAAGGGCAAUAUCCCAUAUCCAAGGCGCUGUUACACCGGUCGUCCUCCAAUGAAAACAGACUUUUCUGCUGAAAGCAGAAUAGAGAAGCCUGGUACAGUCUAUGUGCCUCGUGAUGAAACAUUUGAGGAGAUCAAGCAAAGUACAUUCUCUGCAGGAGCUCUAAAAGCAUUAUUUCAUAAUUUAAUACCAUCUUUGGUAGAAAGUUUUGCUAAUGCUAAUCAUGAGUUUGGAUGCUUCUCCGAGAUCGAUCAAUUAUAUACAGAAGGGCGUAUCCUGAAGUUUGAUCAGGGACGUGAUAUAUUUAAUAAACUGGUACUACCAAAGAUAGUAAAUAAGAUAAGAGAAACUGGUGAACAACUAUUACGUUAUGAAACUCCAAGCAUAAUCUCAAGGGAUAGAUUUGCAUGGUUACGUGACAAUGAAUUUGCCCGCCAAGUAUUGGCGGGAGUGAAUCCUGUGAACAUUGAACGACUUAAGGAAUUUCCCAUUGUAAGUAAGUUGGAUCCGGCAAUAUAUGGUUCACCAGAGUCAGCAAUUAAAGCUGAACAUAUUGAAGCAGAAUUACGUGGAAUGUCUGUUAAACAGGCUCUUGAAGAGAAGAAAUUAUUCAUCUUGGAUUACCAUGAUACAUAUAUGCCAUUUGUUGGAAAGAUAAAUUCUUUGGAGGGGAGAAAGGUUUAUGCUUCACGAACUUUAUUCUUGCUAACAGACCAUGGCACUCUUGAGCCAAUUAUCAUUGAGCUCAGCCUACCGCCUACCAUGCCUGGAGGUCAAUCCAAACGAGUUUUCACUCAUGGUCAUGAUUCAACUUCAUAUUGGCUGUGGAAACUAGCCAAAGCUCAUGUAGCUUCCAAUGAUGCUGGUAUUCACCAAUUGGUCAAUCAUUGGUUGAGGACACAUGCUUGCAUGGAGCCCUAUAUUAUUGCAGCUCAUAGGCAGCUCAGUUUUAUGCAUCCUAUAUUCAAGCUGUUGCAGCCACAUAUGCGCUACACUAUGGAAAUCAAUGCAUUGGCUCGCCAGAGCCUAAUAAAUGGAGGUGGAGUAAUUGAAGCUUGCUUUACACCAGGCAAGUACUCGAUGGAGAUGAGUGCGUAUGCAUAUGACAAACAAUGGCGUUUUGACAUGGAAGCCUUGCCUGCAGACUUGAUUAGAAGGGGUAUGGCAUUUGUGGAUCCCACUAAACCCAAUGGUUUGAGACUUGUAAUUGAAGACUACCCAUAUGCUGCUGAUGGUCUUCUUAUUUGGUCUGCUAUCAAAGAAUGGGUUGAAGAUUAUAUUUCCAUCUAUUACUCAGAACCCAACAGUAUACCAAGUGACAUUGAGCUUCAAGCAUGGUGGAAUGAAGCAGUAAACAAAGGGCAUUAUGAUAAAAGAAAUGCAACAUGGUGGCCAAAAUUGAAGACAAAGGAGGACCUAGCUGGGGUCUUGACUACGAUCAUCUGGGUAGCAUCGGGACAGCAUGCUGCCUUAAAUUUCGGGCAGUAUCCAUAUGGAGGAUAUGUGCCCAACCGACCUUGUCUAAUGAGAAGUUUAAUCCCCAAGGAAAGUGAUCCAGAGUACAAACAGUUCAUUUCAAAUCCACAAAGUGUCUUCUUAGCAUCAAUGCCAACUCAGCUUCAAGCCACCAAAACCAUGGCUGUUGUGGACACUCUUUCGACUCAUUCACCAGAUGAAGAGUAUUUGGGAGAGAGACAUGAAUCGAGGUGGACUAAUGAUCAAAGAGUGCAAGGUGCCUUUGAGAAGUUUUCUGCAAAAAUUCAGGAAAUAGAGGAAAUCAUAGACAACAGGAAUGAAGAUUUGACAUACAGGAAUAGGAAUGGAGCUGGUGUACUACCCUAUGAAUUAUUGAUGCCAUCAUCAGGUCCUGGUGUAACCGGCCGUGGCGUCCCCAAUAGUAUUUCAAUUUAGAUCAAGAUGAAUCUUCAUAUUUGUAAUAGCAACAUACGAGUGAGAUUUUCUAUAUUUUCCCUCAUUAGUUAGCAGAUUUUUGUGCUUAAUGAUCUGUGGUGAGGUUAUAUAUGUACUAAUAGUAAGCUACAGUUGUUAAAGUAGCUAAGUAAAGUGCAGAUUUAUUUUUAAGAAACAUUUAGCUGUUGUACGAGCAACGGGAGCAGAGCUUCACAAUUGUAUGUACUAUAGACUGAAUAAGCUCAGCUUGAGAGGAUUUCAAAAUUCUGCACUUAUGUAAAUUUUAAAGUGAAGGAUAUGCUUCUUAUUAGGGUUGUACGAGAUAAACUAGCAAUGAGGGACGCCCACCUUUACUAAGGGUUCAUUUGAAUUUUUGA